AUACUGUGGUACACAGCGCUCACUCUUUAUCGGAAGGGUUUAGUUCGAGUCGAUGCAUUCUCUAAAUAGUCAGGUUAUAUUGUACUUUUUCAUUCGAAUCCUCUCUUUUCUCUCUCUUCGCCAUGCCACUCUAUCUCACGGCGGCCCACUCCUCUCGCGUCAGUAAGCCGGCACAAAGGUCCGCCAGCAACAAUCGGCGCCAUUCUGCUUCGCCUUUCGCGAACAUUCCGCGCACUAAAUCAUCAUCAGGCACAAGAACGAAAUCCCUUUCCGACGCCGUUGAUGCAACCGGAGUUGAUGACGAUGAUGCCGAUGGUGACGAAGACGAGGAAAGGCUAGUGCCUACGGGGAAGAUUUUAUCCACGGUCUCCAUUGACUCGGCUAAGGAUGUUCUUUCCGCAAUACAACAUGCCCGCAGCUCCAUGUUUGCGGCUCUCCCUGAACGAGCUGGCAUGAAUAGUGUCCGCAUCGCCGAAGUCUUGAACUUCCAGAGGAACUUGCCUGCUAUUGUCUCUCUGGCUCACGUUCAUGCUAUUAUCUCCGCGUCAUCGAAGACGGAGCGCCAGAUUGCUGCACUGCAAUCAGCCGGUAAGCUGCGAAAGAUCAAGCUAAUCGGUCGAGGUAACGAUAUCAGAGGGACUAGCGAGGUAUUAAUCACCUUUCGUGACUUGCAAAUCUUGCUUGAACGGAGUCAUGUUGAACCUGAAAUGGUGGUUGGUUUCUGCAAUGUGCUUCGUCGUCAACCUCGAGCCACAACCAUCACUCCUCAAGAUCUGCCUCCGUCCCAUGUCACGGCCUUGACUCGAGCAGGCUUUCUUGUGUCUUCAUCGAUGUCUGGGUCUCGCAAUAUUUCACUGACUGGCUCUUCUCUCGUGGCUAUGCCAAAAGUCUCUCGUGCGGCGUCUGGGACGUCCGAUGCGGUGGGCGGAGAUGCUGCAUUCGAGAACCUGGGUGGUACUGGCGCUGCAAAGCGUCCUGGAUCUGGCAGUCGGACUUUCCAAGGGGGCGAGUUUGCUUUGUCCGUACCCAACCUUGGCCCGUAUCUCCGGCUGCUGAGUGCUGGUCGGGCCCAUCUGCUCGAACUACUGGGAAAAUCCAAAUAUAAGGAAGGGCCACUCUAUCUUCUCCGAGAACGCUGGGAUGGCGCCGUUGAUUCCGAUAACCGUAUAUCCACUGCCAAACGAAUCAGAGGCGAGUUUUCUGGUGUCUUGCCGGCGAGGACCAAGAAGUGGAAAGACUUGUACGGCUUGGACUUUGACUGGGUGGUCGAAGAAUGUCUUGGUGCUGGUCUUAUCGAGCUAUUUGAGACUCGAAGUGUCGGCCUUGGCAUACGCGCUUUGACAUGAUCUGCCACCGAAGGACCUGGAGUCUUCGCAAGUCGGCUUGGGCGCCUCCAAAGCCACGAGUCCGGUUUCAGAGUCGAGACGGUUCCGUCUCGGCAUGGGCGAGGCCUCUAUCGUUGAUGACUUGCCCAUUAUUGGCUCCACCAUCUGCGCUGUACGGCAAUGCAUCCAGAUCGUACAGAGGCAAGCGCGAUGUGAGCACAGCAUAUUUUGCUCGUUCAUUCGCAAACACAACCGCCACGAACUUCGCUGCGCGGAAGACAACCAGAGCAGCCAGAGGAAAUGAGGCGAGCCUGAAGAGAUUCAGUGCCUCGAGUUCCGCAGCGACAUCACACAUCACCAUCGCUAAGGAGCUUCAAAGGCAGAUCCCUCUACUAUCAGCCCUUCGAUGGGCCCAUGGUGUCUAUCCCUUUCUUCUAUGCAUUUCCAGCUGCUUGCCAACAGCUACUAUGGUCUUCUGGGUAAAUCGUGUAAUUUGGCACCAGGGUGCCAUUCGACGACGAACAGCAGCGAGGACAAUUUGUGUGGCAAGAGGGCUUCCUGUUCAAUGCGGUGCCAACUGCUCCUUCGACGAUUCAAGCGGCAGCUGUUUUGCACCCCGGUUAAGCGAGUUUCAUUACACGAUUUACCCAUGAGACCGUAGUACACACCAUGCGCAUGCGCAUUCUCGCUCCGCAGAUCCCAGGCCGCAGACCAACAAGCUACGUAAAGUCGAAAGCCUACACGUUCUUCAAGGUGUCGCUUGAUGUGGAUGUGGGCUCUACAUCAUAGACAUAACCAUCAAAUAUCAGCUCGAAAGAGUAUGAUAUAAUACAAAGCCACGAACUCAGUCGUAGCUCUUUGCUAAAUAGCUCUACGCUGUCACUGCCAACGUCGACCACAACUUCUUCUGUAACACCUGAGACGAAAGUUACAUCUUUC